GUUCAAAAAGCCGAAGGGAAGUUUUAUUUCUGUUAUUGACAGCAACACGACGCUAGCGCUUUAGCUGGCGUGGUGGAUUUAGAAGUUAUUAUAGUCUAAUAAAUACACUAUAGGUUGUGUAGGAGGACGCAAAGAUGCACAUCAAAUCUAUCAUAUUAGAAGGAUUCAAGUCCUACGCGCAGAGGACAGAAAUCAACGGAUUUGAUCCACUAUUCAAUGCAAUCACUGGACUCAACGGGAGCGGAAAAUCCAACAUUCUCGACUCGAUAUGUUUUCUAUUAGGGAUAUCCAACUUGUCCCAGGUGCGAGCGGCGAAUCUCCAGGACUUGGUGUACAAGAACGGCCAGGCCGGCAUCACCAAGGCAACCGUGUCCAUAACGUUCGACAACUCCAACAAGAGCCAAAGUCCGCUCGGGUUCGAGACCCACGACGAGAUCACCGUCACCAGACAGGUGGUGAUAGGUGGCCGGAACAAGUACCUCAUCAACGGGGUUAAUGCCAAUAACACCCGGGUCCAGGACCUGUUCUGCUCCGUGGGACUCAACGUCAACAACCCCCACUUCCUAAUCAUGCAGGGGAGAAUCACCAAGGUCUUGAACAUGAAACCACCUGAGAUCCUGGCCAUGAUCGAGGAAGCAGCAGGAACCAGGAUGUAUGAGUGCAAGAAGAUCAGUGCCCAGAAAACCAUAGAGAAGAAAGAAGCCAAACUCAAAGAGAUUCAGACGAUCUUAAAUGAAGAGAUCACUCCAACCAUGGAGAAGCUUAAGGAGGAACGCUCUUCAUACCUGGAAUACCAGAAGCUGAUGAGAGAGAUCGAACACCUAAGUCGCCUGUAUGUGGCCUGGCUGUUCGUAUGUGCUGAGGAGACCAAGGUGAAGUCAGCAGAGGACCUGAAGGUACUGCAGGACUCCAUUACCCAGUUGCAGGCCAGCAUGUCCGAAAACGAACGCAAGGUCCAGGAGCUCUCUGCAGAGAUCCAUGAGCUGCAGAAGAAGAGGGACCAGGAGGUGAGUGGAGUCCUGAAGGGUCUGGAGGAGGCUCUGUCCGAGGUCCAGAGGGUGGAUGCUAAAGCCCAGAGCGCCCUGGACCUGAAGAAACAGAACCUGAAAGACGAGACCAAGAAGAGGAAGGAACUGGUCAAGAGCAUGGAGGAGGAUAAGAAGAUGCUGGUGGUGAAGGAAGCGGAGGUGUCGAAGGUGGCGGAGAAGCUGUGCGUCCUUCAGGAUGAGGGUCGGCAGGACAACGCCGACCUGGAGGCGGCCCAGUGUCACUUCAAGGCCGUGUCCGCCGGGCUCUCCACCAAUGAGGACGGAGAGGAGGCCACGCUCGCCGGCCAGAUGAUGACUUGCAAGAACGACAUGAGCAAGGCCGACACCGAGGCCAAGCAGGCCCAGAUGAAGUUGAAGCACGCCCAGGCGGAGCUGAAGGCCAAGCAGACGGAGGUGAAGAAGAUGGACUCUGGCUACAAGAAAGACCAGGAGGCCUUCAACGCUGUGAAGAAGAACAAGGAGAAACUAGAGGCUGAGCUUGAGAAACUACAGUACCAAGAUGGGAAAGAGGAAAGUCUCCUGGACAGGAAGAGACAGUCUAACCGUGAAGUCACAGCGCUCAGAAACGCCUACGAGGGUCUGAUGGCCCGUUUCCCCAACCUGCGCUUUGACUACAGGGAUCCGGAGCGUGGCUGGGAUCGCAGCCGGGUCAAGGGUCUGCUAGCUAACCUGAUCACCGUCAGCGACGUGUCCUACUCCACCAGUCUGGAGGUGGUGGCUGGGGGCAGGCUCUACAAUGUGGUGGUGGACACAGAGGUGACCGGUAAGAAGCUGCUGGAGAAAGGCGAGUUGAAGCGGAGAUACACCAUCAUCCCUCUGAACAAGAUCUCCGCCAGGACGCUGAACGACAACGUGGUCAACGCAGCCAAGAGCCUGGUCGGGGAGAACAAUGUGCAUACUGCCUUGUCCCUGGUUGGCUACGAGGCCGACCUUCGGAAGGCUAUGGAGUACGUGUUCGGGUCAACGUUGGUGUGCGACACCCUAGACAACGCCAAACAGGUCGCCUUCGACAGACGCGUCAUGACCAAGACCGUCACUCUCGGGGGAGACGUCUUCGACCCACAGGGAACACUCACUGGAGGAGCACGUUCCCAGUCAGCCUCGGUGUUGUCCAGCCUUCAGGAGUUGAGGGAAGCUCAGGAGAACCUGUCGGCCAGAGAGGCGGAGCUCCAGGCCGUCGAUAAGGAACUAGCCAGUGUCAAGGGGACCGCUGAGAGGUACCGUGUGUUGAAGCAGCAGCUGGACAUGAAGACGGAGGAGCUGGAGAUUCUCCAGACCAAGCUCCAGCAGAGUUCUUUCCACAAACAACAAGAAGAGCAGGAGAUGUUGCGUAGGACCAUCGAGGAGUGUGAGGAGACCCUGCGUAGCAGUAAGGAGGUGCAGAAGAAGGCCGAGGAGAAGUACAAGGUGUUGGAGAACAAGAUGAAGAACGCAGAGGCAGAGCGGGAGAAGGAGCUCAAAGCUGCCCAGCAGAACCUGAACUCCGCUAAAGCCAAGGCAGACGCGUUCAGUAAGAAACUCAAAGAAAGACAACAGGAGGCUGAAUCCCUGGCGUUGGAGCUGGAGGAGCUGAAACGGGAGCAGUCGGGAUAUGAGCAGCAGAUCCAGGCUGUGGAUGAAGCCAUGAAGGCAGUACAGGAACAGAUAGACAACAUGUCAACCGCUGUGGCUCAGAACAAGGAGGCCGUGCGAAAGGCCCAGGAGGAGUUAAGCAAACAGAAAGAGGGCAUUGUUGCCCAGGACAAGGAGAUCAAGGCUAAGAGCUCCGAAGCCAACCGUAUGAGAGAGAAGACCAACGAGUCCCAGCUGAGGAUUAAAGAGCUGGAACACAACAUCAGCAAACACAGAAAAGACAGUCAGGACGCUGCCGCCAAGGUGUCUCGUAUGUUGGAGGAACACGAGUGGAUCAGUCAAGAGCGGGGCUUGUUCGGCCAGGCCAACACCGGAUACGACUUCAAGGUUAACAACCCUAAAGAGGCAGGCCAGCGGCUGAAGAAGCUGGAGGAGAACAAGAUCCGACUGGAGAGAUCUGUCAACAAGAGAGCCAUGAACAUGCUGAGCCAAGCCGAGGAGAGGUACAACGACCUGAUGAAGAAAAAGAGGAUUGUGGAGAACGACAAAUCAAAGAUCUUGCAGACCAUUGAGGAGCUGGACAUGAAGAAGAACGAGGCCCUCAACAUAGCCUGGCAGAAGGUAAAUAAGGACUUUGGCUCCAUCUUCUCCACCCUGCUGCCCGGGGCAGAUGCCCGCCUGGCACCUCCUGAAGGUAGCGGCGUCCUGGAGGGUCUGGAGUUUAAGGUGGCUCUGGGGAACACGUGGAAGGAGAACCUGACUGAGCUCAGCGGAGGACAGAGGUCUCUGGUAGCGCUGUCUCUGAUCCUGGCCAUGUUGCUGUUUAAACCGGCUCCCAUCUACAUCCUGGACGAGGUGGACGCAGCCCUCGACCUCUCGCAUACGCAGAACAUCGGACAGAUGCUGAGGACCCACUUCACACACUCGCAGUUUGUGGUCGUCUCUCUGAAGGAUGGGAUGUUCACCAACGCCAAUGUUCUGUUCAAGACCAAGUUUGUAGACGGGGUGUCUGCCGUCUCUCGUACGACCCAGGCUCAACCGGACCAGAACAAGGGACACCAAGAUAAGGCCCGGACCAAAGACCGCCGGCACAAAGUGGCCAAAUAAAACAUUCGGUAACAGCGGAAACCUACAGCCAGCUAGAGCUAAUGGUUCAACGUGUGUAGGUCUUUCUGUUGGUUCUAAUUUGGUUGCUAACAAAAGGCUGAAACUAUUGACAGUGUCCUCUUUCUGAUCAAGUCUUUAUAAAUGUAUUAUUUAAAGCUGUCUAAGUUCUGUAACCUGUCUGAGGUAUAUCUCAUUUUCUUGUGCAUUCUGUCACUCAAAUUACUUACAGGUAAAAAUGUCAAUGAAUCACUGCAUGAGUCAAAUGCAUCUCUUCAGGUCUUUGUACAUGUUCAUCUAGACCAAGGACUGCAUACUUUUCCCCUUCUGGCUGUUGAUGCAGGUAGUGAUGUUCAAAAUACCAUUAUUCUGCCUGUUUAAACUGCAUACCAGAAACCAUGUUUUGUUUAGAUUUCCACAUGUAAAAAAUAAAGCUGCUUUUACAUAAA